AUGAGGGAGGUGGAGGAGCAGGCCUCGGAGGACGACGAGCUGGCCAGCCUGAUCCAGGGCGCGGAGGACGACCCCGAGGAGAUCCAGCGCCGGCUGCAACGCGCAGGCGUGCCCGCGCCGCCCUCCGCCUCCACCCUGGGCGACAUCCUGGAGCGGCGGCGGGCGGGCGAGUCGCGCCCCGUGGCCGUCAAGUUCCGGAACGUGGACCAGUUCGACCUCUGGAUCUGGCUGGAGCUGUACACGGCGCCGGCCCCGGCCGCCGUAGCCAUGGUGCAGGAGGUGGUCAACUCCUGGUACCUGCUGGGCCGGCUGGGCGCGUACAACGCCUCCUCCAUGCACGUGCUGUACGCCUCGCAGUACGACCUGAGCCACAUGCGCUACGGCGAGGACGAGGAGGACGAGGAGGUGGUGGGCUCCGCGCCGGCGGCCAUGGCAGACAUGGCGGACCUUGAGGUCAAGGGCAACUGGCUCCGCUUCUGGGUGGACCUGGGCACCGCCGACGAGCUGGCGCUGGACAUCCUGAUCAAUGCGCUACGCGCGCUGAGCCUGGACCACCUGGGCAUCAAGACCCUGGUCAUUGGAGGGGUGAACGAGGGCUGGCCCGUGCCAGACCGCCAGCUGCCGGAGAUCACCAUGGACCCCAUGCGGGUGUCGGUCCCGGACUUCAUGGCCGACGAGGAGGAGGACGGGGAGGACGAGGACGAGGACUACAACUACAGGGACUGA